ACGCAAUAUAAGCCAUUAGAACCAUCUAAUCUCAAGCUCUAAGAAGAGCAACUCUACUUUUAUAUUCACAACAAAAAAGAAAAAAGAGAGCAUAAACCAAUGGCUACUUCACUUUCAGCAACUGGGUGUGUUGGUUCUUCCUUCUAUGGAAGUUGGGGAACUUCAAUUGUUGGUGAGGACUACACCAUGCUGGCCAAGUCAGUGCCAUCACAAGUUCGCAUGGGGAAGGGAAAGCCCACGAGAUUGCAGCCUAUGAUGAAGAAUGUUAAUGAAGGGAAAGGUAUAUUUGCACCUCUUGUGGUGAUCACUCGCAACAUCGUUGGCAAGAAGCGUUUCAACCAGCUUAGAGGCAAAGCAAUUGCACUACACUCCCAGGUGAUCACGGAAUUCUGCAAAUCAAUAGGAGCAGAUGGAAAGCAGAGGCAAGGGCUAAUCAGGUUGGCCAAGAAGAAUGGAGAAUGGCUUGGUUUUCUUGCAUGAUAGAUUAAUAACAUAUGUUCCCCCAUAUUUUGUAACUAUCAUGUGAGAAAGUAUCAAGUUGGAACUUGAUGGUUUUCAAUUGACAGCAGAAUGUAAACUAGGAACCCAUCUCUCUAGUUGUGAUUUUUCAUUCUUAAGUAAUGUUCUCUCUUAUUUUGUUCUGAUACAUGAAAUAUUAUAAAACCAGAGGUGAUCUAUAUAUCAACGGUGAUACAAUGAACAAAGCAAUGUUAUUUAUACACCAUAUUUUUCACA